ACCAUACUGUGCGGUUCACUCAAUUUUAAAUAAUUGUUCCAAAUUAUUUGUGAAUUUUACAACAAAUUUAAUAUAAAUCAGUGUUUAACAACAUGGCUCUGCGUGUACAGUUUGAAAACAAUGACGACAUAGGAGUGUUCAGCAAACUUACGAAUUCUUACUGCUUGGUAGCUAUCGGCGGUUCGGAAGCAUUUUACAGCACUUUCGAAUCGGAGCUGGCAGAAACUAUUCCGGUGGUGCACGCCAGUAUUGCAGGAUGCCGAAUUAUCGGUCGGCUGACCGUUGCCAACAAAAACGGGCUCAUCGUUCCUGGCAGCACAACCGACGUUGAGUUGCAGCAUUUACGAAAUUCCCUGCCGGAUACGGUUAAAAUUCAACGUGUCGAAGAACGGCUAUCGGCUCUGGGGAAUGUGAUUGCUUGCAAUGAUUACGUUGCCCUAGUACAUCCCGACAUUGACCGGGAGACAGAGGAAAUAAUAGGAGACGUGCUCGGGGUGGAAGUAUACCGACAGACAAUAGCGAAUAAUGUUUUGGUUGGUGCUUACUCGGUCCUCAGUAAUCAGGGCGGUCUGAUUCAUCCCAAGACGGCCACUUCCGAACUGGACGAGCUGGCGUCACUUCUGCAGAUUCCGUUGGUGGCUGGAACGGUUAAUCGUGGCUCGGAAGUGCUUGCGGCAGGCGUAGUUGUAAACGAUUGGUGUGCAUUCUGUGGUACGAGUACGACGUCAACCGAACUGUCGGUUGUAGAAAGUGUCUUUAAACUGAACGAAGCACAGCCCACUGGAGUAACGAACAAUUUACGGGCAUCACUGAUAGAGGCAAUGGCUUAAGCGCUGUCAUGUUUUCCGUGGUAUGACGAGGUGGUUUAACUCAUAAACAAUUAUUGGUAAGUGCGGUAACAACAAAAUAAAUGGCUUAUAUUUGUACAAUUUAGCAAGUCAACAUGAUCGAUUUACAAAAUAUAUUAACUUCUGUUUAGU